AUGUAUAUAUUAAUUGGUGUUAAUAUUGGAAGAAAUAAAAAUACAACAACAGAUGUUGAACAAGAUUAUACAUUAGGUAUAGAACAAUUCGGAUGUUUAGCUGAUUAUCUUGUUAUUAAUGUUUCAAGUCCAAAUACACCAGGUUUACGUAAUUUACAAAGUGAAAAUGAAUUAAAAAGUCUUCUAACAUCAAUACGUAAAGCUUGUGAUAAAAUUUCAUGUCAAAAUCAAACAAGAAAUAAACCAUUAGUUUUACUUAAAGUUGCACCAGAUUUAAAUGAAAAUGAUAUUAAAUCAAUAUCAUCUGUUAUUCGUCAACCAAAUACACAACUUGAUGGUUUAAUUGUAUCUAAUACAACAAUAGCAAGAAUGGAUACAUUGAAAAAUGAACAUCGUAAUGAAACUGGAGGAUUAAGUGGUCGACCAUUGAAAGAAAAAGCACUUGAAACUCUUCGUUUAUUUCGAUAUUACACUCAAGGUCAAAUUCCAUUAAUUGGUGUUGGAGGAAUUGAAACCGCAGAAGAUAUUAUUGAACGAAUGAAAGCUGGUGCAAGUCUCGUGCAAAUUUAUACUAGUUUGGCGUAUUCUGGUCCUCCAUUAGUCAAUAAACUCAAUCGACAAUUAGCUACUAUCAUGAGGUUUGGCACAAAAACUGCCACAGAUAUCAAAACUCGUACCUAUGCAACAGAAGAAGAUCUUGGUAAAAUAUUUGAAUUACCAUUAACCAUUCAACAACAAAUACUCUCACCAUCAAAUAAUAUUAACUUUAAUUACGAGACCAUUCAUGAUAAUGGAAUACUUUACAAUUCAACUUAUAUUGUAUUAUUUCAUCAAGGAGAACAAAAUCUAAUUGGUAUACAUAAAUAUUAUUAUCUUGAAACUACUAGAAAACUGGUUGGCGUAACAAUCGGAGCUGGUGCUUUGAUUGGUGCAAUAUGUUAUUAUUUUGGUAGUAUAGGUGAACGCACAUCUUCUUUAACUGAAUAUAUUCAAGAAAUUACAAUGCAAUUAUUGAUCAAACAUUUACAAGAUGUGCUGGCAUGUUUUUCACUACAGCUAAUUUUUAUGAUUUGA